AUGUCUUCACAAAACUUCACCAAUUCUGGUUCUGUUGUGCAGCACAAUAACACUGGCAACGGCUUGCAAUACUGCACCGUCCAUGGCAGUACAACCUUUGCAAUUCAAGAUUUGGAAUACCCAUGUCGAACUACGGCCGACCAUCCCGUCGCGAAGAUUUCGAUCGCCAUUAUCUGCGCCUUGCCACUCGCAUACGACGCCGUGUCCCUCCUGUUCGACUUCUGGGAGGACGAAUGGCAAUACAGCCGCGCGUAUGGGGAUACCAACAUGUAUGUUAUGGGCCGUAUCGGGGAGUACAAUGUCGCGCUGGCAUUGCUUCCCGACAUGGGCACUGCGGCAACGGCAAGGGCGGCGGCCGGCGUGCGAUUGAGCUUUACUCGCCUGAAGAUUUCCUUCCUUGUGGGGGCCUGUGGUGGUGUGCCGGGCACGGGACCCAACGAGGUGCUCCUAGGCGAUGUGAUCAUCAAAUUGGGAAAAAAGCAUCUGCAGAAGAAGACUGGCGUAUAUCUGAAACAGCUACAGAAUGAAGCGGUGCGCCAGAGUCGUCGAUCCAACUAUCAGUAUCCUAGUGUGGCCGAAGACAAGUUAUUCGCACCAACCUAUCGGCAUAGGCAUUGCGCACCGCAUCCGUGCAGCAUCUGCAGCGAAGAAUCAGAUGGCUUCUGCGAGGAAGCGAUUGGCGCGUCCUGUGCCGAACUCCGUUGCGACGAUAAUCAAUUGGUGCCUAGAGGGCGCCAGGAGACGAACCAGAACCAAGCGCCAGACGACAUGCGGUGUCCCAAAAUUCACAUCGGCCGCAUCGCAUCCGGAGUCACGGCGAUGAAGUCGGGCGAACACCGCGACCGCGUUGCGGCUCAGCUUGAUGUGAUUGCCUUCGAGACGGAAGGCGCUAGCGCCUGGGAUGAAGUGCCGUGCAUCGUUAUCAAAGGAGUUUGUGACUACGCCGACAGUCACAAGAAUAAGAAAUGGCAACCAUAUGCGGCGGCGACGGCAGCAUCGGUGAUGAGAGCCGUUUUGGAGUGGUACGCCUCAUCGACAGGUUCAACGUCGACAAGCGUUUCCAUUAAUGCAUAUCAAUAG